UUUGAUAUCCCAUUUUCGUACUAUACCGCUCUCUUUCUUUCUACGCUCUCCCUUCGAUUGUGUCCUGCCCAAUGAAGUCCACCCGCUGCGCUGCUUCCACCCACUCAGGACAGGAGAAUGAGUUUCUCAAUGGUGUGGCCAAGCUACCUCUAAUGCAUAUAGGGGAACAUUCGCCAAUUUUUACCCAAGCAUGAACCUUGUUUUACUUGAAGAAUCCUCGAUCAUGAGACAGAAAUCAUAAUCAUCAGAUAUGCUUUUGAGUGUCACACGUCGUGCAAAAGUGAAGGUGUUGGUUAAAGUGAAGUCAUAGAUGACAAAAUGGCCACCGGGGAUAGUAGCGUAGAUGGUAUAGAACUUGCUGAAACGUCGUUAGAUUCGACAUUCGCAGACGAUCAGAAAAAUACGAAACCUGAAGUUGCAGAAGAAGAUGGCAAAGACAAGUCAUCUGGAAUCCCUCCCCCUUUGGAUAUGUCAGCCGCAGUUUCUCUUCAAAAUGCCUCUGGACCAAAGACUCCCACUGGUAUCUCUCGCCACAAAUCGGAGCGAGAGAGAAAAAUCGGACACAGGCGUGUUGGAGUGGGAGGGGAAAUUACAUACAAGAAGAUUCAAACAUCACAAAUUAUGGGUUCUAUACAGUUGGGUAUUCAACAUGCUGUUGGAGGCUUGGCUUCCAAACCUGAAAGAGAUCUUCUUAUGCAAGAUUUUAUGACAGUAGAAACAACAAAUUUUCCCUCAGAUGGCUCGAGCCACACACCUGCUCACCAUUUUUCUGAAUUUCGUUUUCGUACCUAUGCGCCUAUUGCAUUUCGCUAUUUCCGAGAUCUGUUUGGUAUUCAACCAGAUGACUUCUUGAUUUCGAUGUGUAGUGCACCUAUGAGAGAAUUAUCAAAUCCUGGUGCCAGUGGCAGUAUUUUCUACCUCACAGUAGAUGAUGAAUUCAUCAUUAAAACAGUGCAACAUAAAGAAGGCGAAUUCUUGCAGAAGCUGUUACCUGGAUAUUAUAUGAAUCUAAACCAGAACCCCCGUACUUUAUUACCAAAAUUUUUUGGUCUCUACUGUUACCAAUGCAAUUCCAAAAAUGUUAGGUUGGCAGUAAUGAACAAUCUACUACCUUCUACAGUUCGCCUACACCAAAAGUAUGAUUUGAAAGGAUCCACAUAUAAAAGGAAGGCAUCGAAGACAGAGAGACAGAAGAAUUCACCAACAUUCAAGGAUCUUGAUUUUAUAGAUCAUCAUCCUGAAGGAAUUGGACUGGAGGCAGAUACAUACACUGCUCUUGUAAAAACUAUUCAGAGAGAUUGUAGGGUUCUGGAAAGUUUUAAAAUAAUGGAUUACAGUUUGCUAGUCGGUAUUCACAAUUUAGAUCAAGCUGCUCGAGAAAAAGCGGAAAGAAGAUCUGCUAAUGCCAAAGCUGCAGAAGGGGAGACAAGUGGUGGAGAAGCAGAAGAGGGUUCUUCUGCUAGUGCAGUUGAUAAUGAGCGUGACUUUGGUUCUCGCCCAGGUGGUUCUACUGCUCUCAAUCGUUCUCGAUCUAUAAAUAGACAGCGACUAGUAGCACAUUCCACAGCUAUGGAGAGUAUUCAGGCUGAGAGUGAGCCAAUCGAUGAAGAGGAAGAUGUGCCGCCGGGUGGUAUUCCUGCUAGAAACUCACGUGGAGAGCGCCUUUUGCUUUUCAUUGGUAUUAUUGAUAUUCUCCAAAGUUAUCGACUGAAAAAGAAGCUUGAACAUACAUGGAAGGCCAUGAUUCAUGAUGGAGAUACAGUAUCAGUACACCGGCCAGGAUUCUAUGCCCAGCGCUUCCAAGAUUUCAUGUCAAAGACUGUUUUCAAAAAGAUUCCCUCACCUCUCAAGCACUCUCCUUCGAAACGUAAAAGCAUCUCUCGGCCAAUGCGCAGCUUGGAAAUGGAAAUAGCUGAUUCUGGAGGCGGCUACCACUCCCCGCUGCCCUGCUCGUCGACACCACCCCCCGCGUUCGAAGACGCCGUGCGGACGGAUAUCGUGGUGGAGUCCGCGCCCGCCCACGCGCCCUCCACGGCCUCCCCGUCGCCCGUCCCCUCCUCCGGCGCUGCGUCAGGCGGUGGCGGCGGCAGAGCCCACUCUGGCGGGUCGGCCUUGCUCCGCGGUCUUCACCACACCGGCGGAGGCCACCACGUGGCUGCACGUGCAUACCGCACGGAUGCGGGUGCAGAAACUGUUAGUGUGUCAGAUGUGCGGCUGGAGGCACGUGCAGAACACCAUAAAUCAUCAUCGCUGAGUGUUGAGUCGAGUUCUAGCACUUCUGGAUUUGGUUCUUCGGCGGGUGGAGGAGGUGGAGGUGGAGGCGGCCGCACUUUAACGUGGACUCCUCCUGCCAGUGUGGAAGGUAGCACUCCUACAUGGACAGAGGGUACUCCCUCCUUUACCGAAUCAUCCAGCAGCGGAGACGUUGGGUGCCCAACUACACCGGUUCGUAGUCUCAAUUUGCGGUGCAAUAGUGAAGGUCCCCGUGCAGCAUCCCAUGAAGGCUCUCUCGACUGCCUCGAUGCCGAAAUGACACAUCUAUGAAACUAUUCAGCCUUCUUUGAACAAGAAAUACUGAUAAUCAUUGGAUUCAUUGCGUUUUAGCAGUGAUCAUCAGUGUUAAUGAGCUCAUUAUGGACACUGAUUUUGUGUAUAUUUUUGUUUGGAUAUGCCAGAUAAGUAUUUAUGAGAAUAUAGAUUGAUUCUAGUUCUAGUAUUACACAAAAAUUUCAUAGUAAAUUGUGUGUUCCACUUGAUGUGGCUAAUGAAACUAGUUAAUUUCACUUGUGACAAAAUAUCACAUGACUGUAUCAUCAUAAUGGACAUGUAAUCUCAUGUGUUCCCAGUACAGUAUCUAACCAAGUUUAAUGAUAAAAACCUUGUUCAUUUGUAUUGAUGAAGUAAGGGCAAAAUUCUGUUAACUUCAGGAUUUAGCUGCCUUUUCUAGAGACAAAUCUAC